CCACUGAACCCUACCACCAUGCCAUCCCCAUGCACGCAAAGUUAUAUAAAGGCAACAAUGAUCACCCACAAAAAGCCCUCAUCUUACAUUUCUCAACUCCCAAUUUUCAAGAAAAAAUAACCUAUAUGAGUAUUGGGAAAGAGUUUACAUUUGCAAGAAAGCAAGACAAGAAAAUAUCAAAACCAAACCCCCUUUUGCUUUCUUCAUCUCCAUCUUCAUCUUCUUUCCCUUUUGUUUCAACUUUCAAGAAAUGAAACUACCCUUCCCAACAAGCAACCACAGCCCUAAAGCAACAUCGAUCGCAGCCACCAGCCCGCCCUACGAGCCCAAAUCCGUCCUCGAUCUCCGAGGAAGCCCUAGCCCAGCCACGGAGCUGGAGGAUCAUGUGCUGAUCAGCCCACAAUUGGAGGAGUGGGAUUCUUUGAUGAGAGAAUUGGGCUUGCAAGAUGACCCAAACCCUAACCCUAACCCUAACUCAAACCCUAAUCUCCCCGACUUCCCUCCGCCCACCAACUCCUUCGACUCGUCUCCGUUCAUCUCCACCAACUUCGGCCUACUCUCCGACAUCCCCAACUACACUCAAAACCCUGACACGGCUGACGUCAACGACUGGAACCCAGGAUUCGACUACGUGGAUGAGUUGAUCCGACUCGCCGAGUGCCUCGAGACGAACUCGCUCCAACUCGGCCAGAUCAUCGCGGUGCGCCUCAACCAACGCCUCCAUUCCCCAUCCGGGAAGCCGCUGCAGCGAGCCGCCUUCUACUUCAAGGAAGCCCUCCGAACCCUACUCACCGGGUCGACUCGGUCCCCCGACCUCAUCGACACCAUCAAGGCCCAGAAGACAUUCUCCACCAUAUCGCCGAUCCCGAUGUUCUCGGGAUUCACGGCCACCCAGGCCGUGCUCGACGCCGUGGACGGCUGCGCAACAUCCGUACACGUCGUCGACUUCGAGAUCGGACUCGGCGGCCACUGGGCCUCCUUCAUCAGAGAGAUAUCCGAAGCGCGGGCGAAGCCCGCACUUCGAAUAUCCGCUCUGGUGACGGAGGACUUUUCCGCCGAGUCGGCUCUGGUUAGGGAAAACCUAACUCAGUUCGCGCGGGAACUAAACGUCGUUUUCGAGAUUGAUUUCGUGCCAAUCAGGAAUUUCGAGUGCGUGUAUUUCAAUUCCGUCAAGUUCCGUCAUGGGGAGAAGGUGGCGGUGGUUUUAUCGCCGGCGAUAUUCCGGCGAGUGGGGACGGGGUUUCUGACGGAUCUGCAGCGGUUGUCGCCGCACGUGGUGGUGCACGUGGACGGAGAGGGGUUCGGGGCGGUGUCGUAUCGGCAGGCGGUGAUCGAGGGGCUGGAGUUCUAUUCGACGGUGAUGGAGUCGUUGGAGGCGGGCGGAGGAGGGGAGUGGAUGAGGAAGAUAGAGGAGUAUGUGGUGUACCCGAAGAUAGUGGAGGGGGUGGGGAGGAUGGGGGCGGCGGGGUGGAGGGAGGCGAUGGUGGGGGCGGGGCUGAAGCAGGUGGGGAUGAGUCAGUUUGCCGAGUUUCAGGCGGAGUGUUUGGUGAGGAGAGUUCAAGUGAGAGGGUUCCACGUCAGCAAGAGACAUGGGGAGAUGAUGCUUUGCUGGCAUGACAGGGUGCUUGUUGCCACGUCAGCGUGGAGGUUUUAAUUUUUUUUGGUUAUCGUUAAUACCAGAUUAGGAAGUUAAUCAAUCCACAUGGCUAAUCCUGUUUAUGCUAAUAACAGCAUGUGGUAUUGUGAGAUUCUCUUCUCAUACACUGUUAUUUUAGACUGGCAUUUUCUUUUAUCUCCAAUUUCCCCUAAGCAAAUCAGUAGUGUUGUGAGAUUCGAAAAUCUUGUAAAUAAAUUUAUUAAGUGCAUUACUAUUUUAUGAAAAUGAGGAUUUACGUGUA